UUGAUGCAUCCAAGUUGCCUUUGCCUAACUUCGAUUCGCAAUCAUUCAGUAAUGACAUGUUGAAAUUUGGCCGAAAAAGCAAAAUCAAAAUUCUACAGCUUUUGGGCCUGAAGUUGAAUUACUCGAAAUGCCCAGAGACCAAGGUCCUUAAGCUGCCCAUAGGCAAUGUGAAGGGCAAGUAUCAGACCGGAUAUUGUGGCAAUAGUUUCUAUAGUUUUGAGGGCAUUCCUUAUGGUAAGCCGCCCAUCGGAGACCUUCGUUUUCGACCACCACAACCGGCUGAGCCAUGGAAGGAAUUGGAUUGCCGUUACGAAGCUGAUCCGCCUGUUCAAUUUAUAAGAGAUACAGGCGAAGUGCUCGGGAAGGAAGAUUGUCUUAAAUUGAACGUGUAUACCAAGCAUUUUGAUAAUACAAAGCAACCACUGCCAGUAAUUGUCUACUUUCAUGGAGGAGGCUUCCGAGAAAAUGGUGCUAUACGAAGCAAGUAUGGACCGGACUAUCUGAUGCGCGAAGAUAUAGUAUUCGUAAUUUUCAGUUAUCGCUUGUGUGUUCUGGGAUUUCUCAGGUUGAGCGAUCCAGAGUUGGAUGUUCCGGGUAAUGCCGGUAUCCAUGAUCAGAUGCUAGCACUUCGAUGGGUCAACAAGUAUAUUUCACAUUUCAAUGGGGAUGCAAAGAAUAUCACAAUAAUGGGCACAAGUGCUGGUGCUGGCUCGGUGCACUUUAUGAUGUGCUUGCCACAGGCAAGUGAUCUAUUUCAAAGAUGCAUCAUGAUCUCGGGUUGCAUGAUGUGUCCUUGGGUGAACGUGCCCGAAACGGAGACUUUUGCUUAUCGACUUGCUAAUGCCAAGGGCUACAAAGGAUCUACAGCCGAUGCAGAUGUUUUAAAGUUUCUUUGCUCGCUUUCCGCGGAGGAGUUAGUAAGCCACCAUCUAUUUGGGCCUAAGGAACGCUGCUUUGGACAUUUAUAUCCCUUUGUGCCAUCGUUGGAGACUCAACCUAGUAGCAUUGGCGCAAGAGGAGGUUUGCUUAAUCGUCCCUUUGCACAAAUGAUGAGAGAGGCUUGGUCGACAAAUUUACCAUUGUUGAUGGGCCAUACUUCUUUUGAGGGAUUGGUCAUGUACCCUUACUGCAAGGUCAACAACGGACACAUGAUUGAUCUACUUAUACAGCAGCCGGCUUUAAUAUUGCCGUAUGAUCGGUAUGUGUGCCUAUCCAACGACGAACGCGUCGAACAUGCUCAAAAAUUAAUUAGCUUCCACUACGGUCCCAGAACAAUUUCUAAGUCGAAUGUUGUACAGACUUUGGAUCAUUUUAGCUACAAAAGUUUUUUGCAUGGAAUGCACAGAGUGGUUCUUUCUCGACUGGCAUAUGCCACUGCUCCCACAUAUAUGUUCCGCUUUGACUUCGACUCACCCAAUUCCAACCUAAUGCGCCUCAAAUUAUGCGGUGAUGAUAUUCUACGUGGAGUUUGCCAUGCUGAUGAGCUUGGUUUCAUAUUCCCAAGAAAAAUGGAAAAAUUGAAUGAGGCCGGAGUUUGUACAGUACAAAGAAUGGUUAGCAUCAUUACAACAUUUGCUCGCACUGGAAAUCCUAAUUGCGUCGAAACAGAGUCCGAGCUUUGGAGUCCGGUUGAUCGUAAGGAUCCCUUUAAAAUUAUGAAUAUCGGAAAUGAACUUGAGGUUACAACACUACCUGAAAAAGAGGGUAUCAAAGUGUGGAAUAAACUUUACAACGAUGAUGCUUGCUUACUUUACGGUGGAUAGCAAUAGAAAAUCUUCUUGGGAAUCUUCAAAAUUAGAUCUUCAAAGACAUACAUUGGAAGUCAACCCUUGUAAAAAAAAAUCUAAACCAUGGACGCCAUCACAAAAUAAUCUUCUUCAUAGUCGAUCGAACGAAUUGCAUUACAGAACUGGACUAUAAGAACAUUAUCUUUAUAACUAAGUUUGAUAAGAGAAAAAAGCUUGUUAAUAUUAGUUUCAAUAUAAUAUUUUUAAUACG